CCGCCUUUUUGACACUCACUCGCCUACUCCAGAGACACACUCACACACGCUUACGCUCUCUCUUUCCCGCCUGUCGCUUCGGUGGUGUCUGUGUCAGCAACGCGGAGGACAAGCCAGGCAUUCGUUGUUUCAAAUGUAGAGAGAGAAAAGCAGAGAGAAAGAUCGAACUGUUUUGUAAAUAUCGUUCUCGUUGUGUGUGUUUUAUUUUAUUUUUUUUUACUCUCUCGACGCUGAGAUUUUCAAAGUUCGACGGAGAAAGAUUCUCGCAAGACGAACGCCGUGGAGGAAGAUACGUAGAGGAGAUCGAAGGCAACCCCGAUGUUGGCGACCAUGUCUCUCUCGGAACCCACAGUGACGUCAUCAAGUGGGCGGGAGGAGGCGGGGCUGAAGGUGCACGUGGGGGGGACUGCACCCGCGAAGAUGGGCGGAGUCGCGGACUUAGCCACGCCCACCAGCCUGCCGGGGGUAGGCCCGCCCCACAGCCUGCAGGUCUCGAGGUCUGUGCGCUCUGGCACGCCCGCCGCCGACCUGCCCGCCCUCGCCUCCGACCUCAUCUCCCCCGACCAUCUCUCGCCCCCGGUAUUUUCCCCGGCGACGCCCUCCAGCGCCCCCGUCUACUCCCCGGUGUCCCCCGCGGGCUGCAGGGGCGAGAGCAACUUCUUCUUCCCUUGCAGCAGCGUCCACGGGGGCUUCCCUAGCACCUCCACCCUCUCCGACAUCAGCAGGGAGUCGCCCGAGAGCCAGAGCAUCAAGCGGGACCUCCUCGGCUCUCGGCACCGCGACUCGAGGUACAACUCCGUCGCCGAGUCGGAGGUCGGCUCCGUGUCCGACACCACGGAGGGGGAGCACUCGCCCACGCAGCAGUUAUACUCUCCGGAACUGGAAGGCGACAGGUACAGCGGGGGUCGCGGCCAGCCCCUGGAGAUGUUCAGCAUGGACUUCCAUUACGAGAGUGCGAAUGGGAUGUACAGUGGCAGAGGGGCCAUGUACACACCUACUGUACAAGAUGUGCCCUCCGCGCCCGCCAAUAUGUGGCCACAACAAGUGGACUACGGCGUGCAGGACCUGGGCGCCAUCAAGAACACGCCCUCGACGCCGCCCAUCAGCUUCACGCCCAGAGUCUACCCGAGUACCCAGGUGACGCAGCGACAGGCCUGCCCUCUGCCGGCCAAUUCCACCAUCCCUUCGCUCAACCAGCAGUUGCCCAGUGGUAGCAUGUCGCUGAGUCGCCCCGCCCUCGGCUACAGCGGCUAUGACAUGUCAGGAUCCUGGGCCGCCGACGCCUACGGCACAUACGGGUCUCAACAUGUACGCAGCGCCAUCUCUGCGGUCAAAGUAGAUCCCGGUUUUUACGACGGGAGGGAGUGCCGCGAGUGUGCCAACUGCGGUGCCUCCCGGACCCCCCUGUGGCGGAGGGAUGCGAAGACCGGCCACUACCUGUGCAAUGCCUGCGCCCUCUACACCCGCACCAACGGCAUCAACCGGCCCAUGACCAAGAUGCCUGCCCGGAGGCAUUCUGGCAACAGGAGACUGGGACAAGUCUGCACCAACUGCCACACAACCGUCACGUCCCUCUGGCGUCGUAACAGUAACGGCGACCCUGUGUGUAACGCCUGCGGUCUCUACUACAAACUGCACAACAUCAACCGCCCACUUACCAUGAAGAAAGAGAGCAUUCAGACUCGGAAACGAAAACCCAAGAAGUCGAGUGAUAGCAAGAGCUCCUCCACCUCGUCCUCGAUACCUUCUUCAGCUACUUCUUCAGGCACGAGCACUCUGACCACGUCCUCCGCCAGCACCGCCACGACCACGGCCUCGAAAUACCAGCCUUCUUCGGUGUCGACAGUGAAGACGGAGCCCUCGAGCGCCUCCUACACGAUGUACGGGACCUCGACCUACGGGGCCCAGAGCACCUCCCCGACGGGAACCUCCUCCACCCACCUGCUGCCCUCGCUCCUCCCUCCGUACUCCUUCCCUAGCCUGAAGGCCGCCCCCGCCGCCACCCUCCAGUACGGGGUCAAGGACGAGCCCUCUUCCCCGGGGACUGGAGGCGCAGCAGGAGACAUCGGAGCCGGAGCAGGGAGUCUCCACCACGCCCAUGCCGCCCAUUCCGUCGCCCACGGGGCCGCCCACGUAUCGUCCAACGGGCUGGCGACGUCCCCCCGCGACCCCUUGGCUGGAGUCACCGCCUCGUCUGCCAGCCACUUGACCCCGUCGCACCUGCCCGUGUCCACGUCGGCCGGGACCCCGCACCUCGGCUCUCCGGGGUCCGUGGCGCCCCACUACUCCGCCAACAUGAUGCUGCCCCACAUCGUCACGUCCGCCUGCUUGGGGUCGACCUCGGGGCAGGGUCACUCACCCCCCGUGACUCCCACGACUCCGCACUCGCUGGAACACCUCACGUGGAAAGCCAAGUGAGGGGAGACCCACGGAGGACGAAUGUAAAAAUAGCCAGAGAGAAAAAAAAGGAAAAGAAAAAAAAAAAGUUGUAUAGGUAUUAAUGUACAUAGGAAGUUUUUUUUUUAUGAUGUAAGUCAUAUGUAUACUCUGUUGAUUACUUGUGUACAGAUUUUUUUUUCUUCUAGAUUUAAGGAACUUUUGUUUUUGUAAGUCGUUACAUAGUUUAAGAUGGUUCUAGGCACACCAAAGAUAGAAGGUAGUUCAAGUGUGCCAAAGAUACUAGGUUUAGCAGGGGAGCGCCGAGGGUUGGAGUGUCAAAGGGUCAUGGAAGUGCCAGAACACGUCAACGCCGGGACGACCCCCAUGGACGGGCUAAAUUGACUAGUCGUUUGCGCGGUUCCGUUGUCUUUAUCUUAUUGUUUCUCGUUUUCUUUCCUCGCUUCUUCCUCUUUUCAAAUCAGUGUUAGUCGUUUGUUCUAUUUUUUCCCCUUCUAAUCUGCUGUUCCUCGCUCUUUUCAUACACAAAAAAGUGCCGUAUCGUAGCAGCCUUCAUUCUUCAAAGGCAUUCCAUUUUGUCGAUUAGUAAGAAGAGAAAAGAAGUUCGUCUUGGCUUCUUUAGGUUUUACCAAGGAGAACGAUCACCUUUUGGGACGACAAGGAAGGGAACACUCCUUCGAUGGCGAACUUGGAUGCUGAUUAAAAGUCAAGUGUUUUUUGUCCUUCUGUUCUCGAGUAUACGUUUUAGUGUUAGCUAUUUUGUUAGACUUAGAUUCUUUUUUUCUUUUUUUUUGUCAUUUCACUGUCUACUGUUUAAAGAAUGAAAAGGAAAAAAAAAAGUAAACAACAUACCCCCUUUGACUUGGGUAUGUUACCUCGCCUGGAUAGUACUCACAGCUGAUUAUCAAAUCCCUCUUUUGAAAUCCGUCGAAUCAGAGGAAUUGUCAACUUAACUAUCAUAACGACUAUGUAAAAUAAGUGAUCGGAAUUCAUCUGUUUCGCCGUGGAUGGCAAGGGUUCUGUAUACCGUAUGUGUGUCCGUCCUUUUUACAAUAUUUUUGUAAACGUUUUUUCCUCUUGUUUUCUCUCAGACACAAACAGGCAGAUAAACCACUUUUGCUAAGCACCGUUUCUUGUAAAUGUAGGAAGGGAAUUCAGGCGAAAAUUCUUUCAGUUAAGAAAAUAAAAGACAUUCAUUUACACGUGUUUUUUUUCUACACUUAUAUCGUGUAUUUUUUGGAAUGUGUGUACAAUAGCAAUAAUUAGUGUUAUGGUAUAUAUAUAUUUCUGUCAUCAGUGUCUGUAAAUAGUAUAACGAACAUGUCAUCCUUGAUAGAAAUAUUUGGUCAGAUUUAGCAAUAGCAAUACCAAAGUAUGUGGGAUUUGAUCAGUUACACUGAUCACAUAAUCAUCAUCAUUACUAUCAUUAGCGUGAUUGGUAUUAUUAUUAUUAUUAUUAUUAUUAUUAUUAUUAUUAUUACUAUUAUUAUUAUUAUUAUCAUUAUCAUUAUUGCUGUUGCCAUUUUAUUGUUACUGUAUUAUCAUUAAUACUAUUAGCAUUGGUUUUAUUCAUAUUUUCAUUAUAUAAUUGUAAUUAUCAUGAAAUAAAAAUAAAUCAACAAUAAUACAAAGUAUACUCCUCAUGUAUCGUUUUCUAUGUUGGGUAAUUAAACGAAUAUAUAUAUAGGAAGCGAAACGAUAAUUCUGUUUAUCCAUCGCAUCAUUCAAUUUUAGUUUUAAAACGUGAUUAAUGGUUUUACGUUAACAUUGAUAUCAUUUUCGAAAAAUCUUUCUUUGGAUACAUAAAGCUGUGGGUUUUCUCUCUUGUAUUAUUAUCAAUUUGUGGAAAAUAAUAAAUUCUGGAUACUGAUUUUGUAUGUGUAGUUAUUCUUGUUAGUUUUAUGAUGUAAUUAUUAAAAGACAGACGUGUGUUUUAUUUUGUAAGUUUAGAAAAUAAAAAGGUUAUUGGUGAGUGUCACAGUUAGUCAGUUUUAAUUGAUAUUGUGAUAUAGAAAGUAUUAGAAAAUGUUGGUUAUCUUUAAAACUCUCUCUCUUUAAGGAAAGUAAAUAUAUUCGAAAACCGUUUCCUGUGUGCUGUAUUUUGUGUCUGUUUGAUUAGCCUUUAAGAUUUUUUUUUUCUUUUUUUGUUGUAAAAAAAGUAUAUAUAGUGCGAUUUAUUUCAAUAUUUGCUGACUCGUGGUGCUAGUGUUAUUCCACAAGGGAAUGUUUCAUUUUGAAUUUUUGAAAUGAUCUUUCUCCUUGAUUUUUUUUUUUAUUUAAGUAGGGAAAAAAACGUUGAUUCAUCUUAAUUUACUUUUGAUUUCUUUGUUAAUAAUUUAUGUUGAGUGGUAAAAAUUAGAUUUGUUUUUUUUUCCUGCAAAUGCACGGGAAAAUAUUUUUAUGGAUUCAUGUAAAUAGACAGUUCAAAAGAAUACAUUAUUGUAAAUAGUUCUUUGUUUCUAUUUUGUGGAGCGAUGGUUGGCUGCAUUUAAAAUUCAAAUUCAACCAAUCUCGUUUAUUUUUGGCAGGCGGUGGUUGGCUGAGACGACAGAAAAUUCACCCAAUCAGCCGUCUGUCCGUUAUUUUUAGUAGGCGGUGAUUGGCUGACACAUCAAACCGUUCAACCAAUCAUCGGCCUUUUUAGUCACUGGAGGUGAUUGAUAGCAUUUUAUGUAUGAAUGAGAUGUAUGAGUAUGAAUGAAUCCUUCUAUGUGAUUUUUUGGCAAUUUAUGUAGUUAAAAACGCUUUGUAAUUUGUCUUUUUGUAAUACUGAAUUGUGCUGUGAGUUAAAAAAUCAUAAACAAAUUUCAUGGA